AUGCAUUCGUUUACCAUUGUGGUAGUGAUUAUAGCUUUCGUUGUAAUUGUUGCAAAGCAUUCAUCAGUUGCAACACAUGAUUCUUACAGCCAAGAAUUGCGUCGACGACUUAAUGGUGACAAUGAUGACGAGCGUGAACAGUACAAUAUGUUUUUACGACUUAUGGCGGAACCGCUAGCUGAUGAUGAAGAUACUGGCGAAAGCUUUCGCGCUACAAUGCGAAACCAUGUUCACUCAAGUAAGAUUUUCUAUAGAAAUAAUUGAUUAAGAUGUAUAACCAAUAUUUCCAUGCCUUUAGCUGGAUUUUUAUUCCCUAUCAUGAAAAGAUGCGUGUCGGAUACGGAAAAUGAGAUGUUUGUCCGCGAUCUGACUCAUCAAUUUUCUAAACCAAUAAAAUCUUAGAGAGAUGGAAAUCUCCAGUAAUCAAUCAGUUUUUCAUACUUUUCACACAAACUGAUCGAAGAUACUUUAGUGCUGUGAAUCCAAUGAGACACAUGGUGGAUGAUAAUUAGGUUUAUGGUAUAGGAUGCUUGAUGGAAGUCAGCAAUGGACAGAAUCGUAGUGUAGAGUAUGGGUAU